AUGAGGCUUUUUAAUCCAUGGGAGAUGGGUCAGGACCAGACAAAGCAACAGAUAGAGAAAGGACUCCAUCUUUACCAGUCUAACCAGACUGAAAAGGCCCUGCGAGUCUGGAUGAGGGUUUUGGAGAAGUCUGCGGAUCCUGCUGGCAGGUUUCGGGUUUUGGGUUGCCUCAUCACUGCUCAUGCAGAGAUGGGCAGAUACAAAGACAUGCUGAAGUUUGCAGUGGUCCAGAUUGACACAGCACGGGAGCUGGAAGACCCAGAUUUCCUUACAGAGAGCUACCUAAACCUGGCUCGCAGCAAUGAGAAACUCUGUGAAUUCCAGAAAACAAUCUCUUACUGUAAGACGUGCCUGAACAUGCAGGGUACCACUGUGAGCAUGCAGCUGAACGGCCAGGUGAGCCUCAGCAUGGGCAAUGCCUUCUUGGGCCUCAGCAUUUUCCAGAAGGCUUUGGAGUGCUUUGAGAAAGCUUUACGCUACGCACACAACAACGAUGACAAGAUGCUGGAGUGUCGAGUCUGCUGCAGCCUCGGGAACUUUUACACCCAGAUAAAGGACUAUGAGAAAGCCUUGUUUUUCCCAUGUAAAGCUGCUGAACUGGUGAAUGACUACGGGAAGGGCUGGAGCCUGAAGUACCGUGCCAUGAGCCAGUACCACAUGGCCGUGGCCUAUCGGAAGCUGGGGCGCCUGGCAGACGCCAUGGAUUGCUGUGAGGAGUCCAUGAAGAUUGCCCUGCAGCAUGGUGACCGGCCACUGCAAGCACUGUGUCUGCUCUGCUUUGCAGAUAUCCAUCGCAGUCGUAGGGACGUGCAGACAGCUUUCCCUCGGUAUGAUUCUUCCAUGAGCAUCAUGACAGAGAUUGGAAACCGCCUGGGCCUGAUCCAGGUGCUACUAGGAGUGACUAAGUGCUGGAUGAUUCAAAAGGAGCUGGACAAGGCUCUGGAGAGCAUUGAAAAGGCACAGGAGCUGGCAGAGGGACUAGGCAACAAGCUCGGCCUGCUGAAGCUCCACUGCCUGUGUGAAAGGAUUUAUCGCACGAAGGAGCAGCAGCAAGAAUUGCGUGACCAUGUAGUGAAGUUCCAUGAAUGUGUGGAGGAGAUGGAGCUGUACUGUGGCAUGUGUGGAGAGUCCAUUGGGGAGAAGAACAACCAGCUCCAGGCACUACCUUGCUCCCACUUCUUCCACUUGAAGUGCCUCCAGACCAACGGGACCCGCGGCUGCCCCAACUGCCGCCGCUUGUCGGUGAAGCCCGGCUACGUCUGACCGCCCCGGGCUCGGCCGGGGACUGACGGAGCCGCUCCCGGGCCCCCUCGGGCUGUGCCUGGCGGGGGGCGUCCUCGGCCUCUCCUACGCGGGGCUGACCCGCUCCCGCGGCCCCGCUCCCUUCCCCCUCGCAACUGUGUACGGGCACUGACUGUAAUAAAGGUUUUCUCCGGGA